AUGUUAACUCAUGAUUUGACCAAAAACUUGGGACGACCCUCUUUUUUACCUAAAGAACUAACUAUUAGUGAUUCUCAAGUUCAAAGGUUAAAAACUCCAUGUUUUGAAGAAAUUAUCCGUUCAUUUUUAAACAAACGUAAACCAAAGCAAAAUUGGCAAUUAUCAUUAGAGAUUGAAGAAAAAUUAUCAAAUCCUACUAUACUUGAUAUUUUUAAAACUAUAAGAACCACAGAAGAGACAAUUAUUUCUGAUGAAUCAUCAAGGGAUUUUUUCAUAUAUUCACUUUUAAAAAUUGAUUGGUAUGUUAUUAUUAUUAUUAUAACUAUUACUAUUAUUAUUAUUAUAGUUAUUAUUCUUACUAUUACUGUUAUUAUUAUUAUAAUUAUUAUUUUAUAUAUUUACUAA